CCGGCAUGGUAAGAAGUGAACUUUUCCUAGCAGCUUCAAUUGUAUAAAUACACGUGCGGGUAACAGUUUUAUAAAACUAUAAACGUGACUUCCGUAAAAAGAUGGUUAAAUCGAUGUCGAUGGAAAACAAAGAUUCGAUUUCGAGAAACCUCUUGAACACACCAAAGGACGGAUUUAUACAGAAAAAAAAGAAUCAAAAGUUUAAACAAACACCAACUGGCAAAAUAACGUUAAUUAACGGAUCUAAGUGGUUAAAUAACAAUAAUAUGAAAGAACAGAAAGAGAAUAGUACUUUAUCUCAGAAAUCUCAAGAGAACAAAGGAUCGAAAAAGAAAGGAAUAUUAAGUAAAAAAAUUAAUUUAGUACAGGCUGAUGAAGAUGAUUCUGAUUCUGAUUCAGAAGCAGAUUUUAACGAAGGAGUUGUAUUAGGUGAACAAAGCAUAAUAGAAGAAAGUGAUGAUAGUGAAAAUGAAGAAUCUGAUAAUGAUGAAAGUGAAGAAGAAAAAAAGCUACCAAAUAUUCUUGGGACCAGUUUAGCAGAUGAAUCAGAUGAAGAUGAUGAUGAUUAUGAGGGAGAAGGAAAGAAAGAAGAGGCUCAAGUGAAAAAAGGAGUUAAAAUGUUUAAAGGAUUAAGUGAUAAGAGUAAUGAUUCCAUCAAUGAUUCCAAUGACACUAAAAUAGAAGAAGAAGAAGAACAAACUGAUGAUGAAGAUGAUGAUAAAGAUGAUGAUGAUGAUGACGAUGAUGAUGAUGAUGAUGAUGAUGAUGGUGGUGAUAAUGAUGUAGAUAAUAGUGAUCUAGUAUCCGAAGAGGAUGCAGAAUCAGAAAAUGAAGAAGAUGAAGAAGAGGCUGAUGAAUCAGCUCUGGGUUUAAAAGCACUUCUGAGCAAUAGUAUUGCUGAUGAUGAUGAUGAUGAUGAAGACUUUGUUGCACCAGGGGAAAAUGAGGAGGAUGAUGAUAUAAGUGAUGAAGAUGAAGAAGAAGGUGAAGAAGGAGGAAAUAACAGACCUCAAAAUACAAGAAAAAAUGAAAAUAGUAAUAAAAAUGAAAAUGAAGGCAAAAGAACAGUUUUUGUUGGUAAUCUUCCAAGUGAUGUAACAAAGCAAGCAUUGUUGAAAAUGUUCAAAAAUUGUGGACAAAUUGAGACUGUACGCAUAAGGGGUAUAGUAUCAAAGACUGUGGCUAUGUCUAAAAGAGUUGCAGCAAUGACUAAAAAUAUUCAUCCCAAAUUGAAAACUGUUUAUGCAUAUAUUAAAUUUAAUACUGAGGAAUCUGUUAAAGCAGCUCUAUCUCUGAAUGGAACUGUAUUUAAAGGAAAUCAUUUAAGAAUAGAUUUAACUAAUGAUACAGAGGACAAACUUGAUGGGAAAAAAAGUGUAUUUUUGGGCAACUUAAAAUUCAGUAUCGAGGAAAGCACAAUUAGAAAUCAUUUUGAACAAUGUGGUGAAAUAGAAUCUGUACGUAUAAUUAAAGACAACACGACUGGUGCAGGGAAAGGAUUUGGGUAUGUUAAUUUUAAGACUGAAGAUGCUGUUGCAUUAGCAUUAGAACUUGAUGGUACAACAAUGUUAAACCGAGAAGUUAGAGUAAAACCCCAUAUCAUCAAAAAAGGUACAGAUGCAAAAGACAAACGUGGAAAAAGAGCACAUUCUCGAGAAAGUGCCCAGAAUACUUCACCUAAAAAGGGAAAAAAGAGUAUUGAAGCAAUAGUAUUGGAUCGUAAUAAGGCAAUUGCUAUGAAGAAAAAAUCUAAAAAGGAACAAAAACUUGGAAAAACACAAACAAGUCCGCAACAAGGUAACGCAUUUCAAGGUCAAAAAGCCGAUGCUAGCAAAAAAAGGAGAAAAAAUAAGUUAGAUAAGAAAAAGAAAAUUAUGGCAGAAAAACUUGCUGCUAAACCUAAGAAACCAUCAAAGUGA